AGUCCCUCCUUGCGCGCCCAUUUCGAUCCCAAAUUACAAGCUCGAGCUUCCAGGCCGGGGAUUCCGGCGCCCGAGGACUGGGCCAUGGCCGUGGGGGCAGGAGUGGCCCAGCUGGAGGGUUACUAUUUCUCGGCUGCCCUGAGCUGCACCUUCUUAGUUUCUUGCCUCCUCUUCUCCGCCUUCAGCCGGGCUCUGCGAGAGCCGUACAUGGACGAGAUCUUCCACCUGCCGCAGGCGCAGCGCUACUGUGAGGGCCACUUCUCCCUCUCACAGUGGGAUCCCAUGAUUACUACUUUGCCUGGCUUAUACCUGGUGUCCGUUGGAGUGGUCAAACCUGCGCAUUGGAUCUUUGGAUGGUCUGAACAUGUAGUCUGCUCCAUUGGAAUGCUCCGAUUUGUUAAUCUUCUCUUCAGUGUCGGCAACUUCUAUUUACUCUAUUUGCUUUUCCGCAAGGUACAACCCAGAAACAAGGCUGCCUCAAGUAUCCAGAGAAUUUUGUCAACAUUGACACUAGCAGUAUUUCCCACACUCUAUUUUUUUAACUUCCUUUAUUAUACAGAAGCAGGAUCUCUGUUUUUCACUCUUUUUGCCUAUUUGAUGAGCCUGUAUGGGAAUCACAAGACUUCAGCCUUGCUUGGAUUUUGUGGCUUCAUGUUCCGUCAGACGAAUAUCAUCUGGACUGUCUUCUGUGCAGGGCAUGUCAUUGCCCAGAAGCUAACAGAAGCCUGGAAAACCGAGCUACAGAAGAAGAGGGAAGAGCGGCAGCCCUCUAUCAAGGGACCACUUUCAGAAUUUAGGAAGCUCCUUCAGUUUCUUUUAGCCUAUUCCACGUCCUUUAAGAACUUGAGCAUGCUUGUCCUUUUGACGUGGCCCUACAUCCUGCUAGUGCUUGCCUUUUGUGCCUUUGUCGUAGUGAAUGGCGGGAUUGUAAUCGGUGAUCGGAGUAGUCAUGAAACCUGCCUGCAUUUUCCUCAGCUAUUUUACUUUUUCUCGUUCACUCUCUUUUUCUCCUUUCCUCACUUACUUUCUCUUAGUAAAAUUAAGACUUUUCUUUGCUUAGUUUGGAAACGUAGAAUUCAGUUUUUUAUAAUUACUUUGGUCUCCUUAUUCUUAGUUUGGAAAUUCACUUACACUCACAAAUAUUUACUAGCAGACAAUAGGCAUUAUACGUUCUAUGUGUGGAAAAGAAUUUUUCAAAAAUAUGAAAUUGUAAAAUAUUUGGUAGUUCCAGUGUAUAUAUUUGCUGGUUGGAGUAUAGCUGAUUCAUUGAAAUCAAAAUCAAUUUUCUGGAAUGUAAUGUUUUUCAUAUGUUUAUGUAUGGUUACUAUUCCUCAGAAACUGCUGGAAUUUCGCUACUUUAUUUUACCUUAUAUUAUUUAUAGGCUUAACAUACCUUUGCCACCCACAUCCCGACUUGUUUAUGAACUGGGCUGCUAUGCAGUUGUGAAUUUCCUGACUUUUUAUGUGUUUCUGAACAAGACUUUCCAGUGGCCAAAUAGUCAUGACAUUCAGAGAUUUAUGUGGUAAUUUGAGAGUUUGAACUCUGGAAGCAGACUUGAUAUUUGGAUUAUUUCCUGGAUAAACAACUGAACAGGUAGAAACUGGAAUUUCUUUAAGGCACAAUGGUGAUCCUCAGCUCAGAUUUCUUACAUAUGCUUUAAGCAUAUGUAACAAAUCCAAAGAAGUUACGUAAUAACCAGAAAAAGUUUAAGGCCUGCUAAACAAGCCUGACUAAUAAUAGGAAAACAAAAUUAUUUGCAGUUGCAAUAUCCUUCUGCUACUGCUGGUUAAUAUAAACCUUGGAAACUUUUUAUAUACACACAAAUUUAAGAAAACCAGUUUCAGAAAACUGAAUAUGCUACAUAAUGGAACUUAUUUAUGAAUGUCCAAAAAUCAAUAACAAAGUGAAGAAUAUAUACAAAUGAUCGGGAUGGUAGUUUAGAUCGAAAUGUUGCUUAACAUUUCCAUAAGUGCAUAGAGGCGGUUUUUUCAAUGAUGUUUUAGAUGAAUGUUUACACAGCAAAUCGAGUUUUUAUUUGACAAUCUUUAUAUAAAUUGUUCUGUGACUUUGGUUACAUUUUCACAAUCUCCUUAGUCCAUUCUGAUUGUUCCAUUUCCAGGAAUCUAGCUUCCAUGCUCCCCUUUAUGGUCUCCUCUUUACUUUGGUCUCUUACAGUUGAUGAUUCAAGGGAGCACCGCACUCCUGGGUUAUCCUGACUUAUUUUAUCAGGCCCAUUCUCACUUGGGCACUAGGAAGCCUCCAAGAGCGGUUUCCGUUUCCGUUGGAAAGAGUGUCUUGGGCAGUAGUCUUGGUGGUGCUUCCAGUCUGUUGGUCCAGUAUGUGGACUUUUUUCAGAAUUUAAGUUUUGUUGCACAUUCUUCUAAGUGCUUAUAGAUUUAGGGAUCAGGCAGAAUAGGCUCAUGGAUCAUAAAUAAUAAUAAAUUCGAAGCUCAUGUUUAUGCAGGAAUUGAGCUGGCGGUGUUUGCAAUCUAGACAUGAUGAAGCACUUUCACUAUUUCGUAAUAUGAGAUGCUUGAUGACCAAAGAUACAGUGUUGAUGUUGCUAGAGUACAUUACUGUGUGGACUUCCUAGGACUGACAACAGUAGGACCCAGGUGACCGGAUAAAACAGAAAUUUAUGCUCUGGAGACCAGAAGUCCGAAAUCAAGGUGAUGGCAGGGCCGGUUCCUUCUGGAGACUGAGGAAGAAAUCCAUGCUUCUCCUCCAGCUUCUGGUGGAGUAACUGGUGAUUCUUGGCCUUGUUGGCUUGUAGAGAUAUCAAUGUAAUCGCUGCCUCUUGUCUUCACGUGGCAUUUCCCUCUGGGUUUCUGUGUCUACUUUUUCAUCUCUACAAUAUCAUUGAAUAGAGGGCCCAUCCUAACCCAGCAUGACCUAUCGCAAAAUUCUUAAUUACAUCUGCAACGGGCCUUAUGGCCACAUUUGCAAAUCUUUGUGUGGAGCACUAUUUAAUCCACUAUUUAACAGAAGGACAAUUAGGAUCAAACCGUACAAGAUUGGUAGGAGAUAAUUUCUUUGCUGAGAUCUUUUAAAUAAAACUGCAUUUUUCCUGAGUGGUUUAAAAAUUGAUUCUGAAGUCAUAUAAAGCUUAAGGUAACUGGCUUUGAUUCUGUUAUAUGCGUUUUUAAAAGUUAAAAGUAGAAGGAUGCUUGGAACCCUCUAGGGCUACUUUGUGGAGGAGGGACCAGCUGCCUGGAGAGUCUAUGUGUUGGUUGGGACUGUGGGUCUGUUAUCUGGAGUCCACACCCUGGGAGGUUGUCAUUCCAGUACAAGAAAGUAUCAUUUGGACUUGUAAAUGUGAAAUUGUCAAUGUGAUUUAUUCUUAAUCUAAUUAAGACAUGUUGAAACUUUUUUUUAAAGUGGUUCUAACUGAACAGAUUAUUUCAUCCUCAGUUUUGUAUUGUUUUCCCAAGGUUUUAAAGGAUGAAUAGAUUUGGAAAGUAUUAUGUAUAUGUAAAUAUAAAAUUGUGUGUACGUGAAAAGUACAAGUAUAGUUCUGAGUUAGCAAACACAGAGUAACUGUUAUACUCUAUUCAAUACUUAGAAAAUGUUAUUUGAUUAUUCGUAACAAUGAUUGUAGACUACAUGUUUUACCAGUUUUUUUUUCUUUUUAAAGAAGUACUUACAUUUAAUUAAUAUUCUUUUGCCAUGAAUUUAACACAUUGGAAGUUUGAGCCUCAAAAGUAAAAACAAAUAUGUAAUAUAGGAAAAAGUUUUUUGUCUGAUACUGCUAAUGUAAAGCUUUUAUGUUUAGGAAUGUUUAUGGGAAGAAAAACACCUUAACUCUGAUAUGUAAUGCUAGAAAUGAGGAACCAAUUCUACCUCAUACAUUGAAGACUACUGUUUUGGAGAGAUCACUUCCAAUUCAUUUUCAGUGUUCUGUCUCCACUGUUUUAAGGGGCGUUUUGGAGAAAAUCGGAAUUUAUGGGGAAGCAUGUAAAUCUUCCAUGUUUUUCCAUGAAAUACCUAAACAUUUAAUAGCUGGUGUUUUUAGACAACAAUGCCAGGAAUUAAAGGGUGCUAUUUGUUUCUUACUGAUUACUUUUGAAAAAUAGCGAUGCUUAAAAGUACUUUUGAGUUGAAGAUGCUUGUUAGGGUUAGACUUCCGUAGGCAUUUAGAAGAUCACCGUUUGCUGGUGAGACUUUCAAGCUGUCUAGCAGACGAGUUCUUUUAAGAGAUGCACCGACUGAGAUAUCUCGUCUCACCAGAAAGCUGGUUGGUAUUGGUCCUCUACCAACUGAUCAUUCCAUUUGACAAAACUGGGAAGGCAAUCAUUUUUUGGCCUUUAAAAUUUUGAUCAUUUGUCACAGGUGCCAUAUUGGUGGGUAUUUUUAAUGUGAUUAAAUUUUUAAAAGUAGACAUAAUUGGUUAAAAGGUGAUUAUUUUCUUUAAGGGGAUUGACAUGCCAGAAAGACCAUGGAGUUUUGUAGUAAUUGUAAUUGAAGUCUCUGAAGGAUUACUUAAAGAGUAUUAUAAAAAGGUCUAGUCUAUAAAUUAUUUUAGAUCCAGUAAUCAAUUUUGAACUGGUUCUACCCUAUGUGAAAUUCUAUAGAACGUUAACUUUAAUAUUAGUAAGAUGGUAGCAUACUGUAUGUUGACACAUUUUUAUGAUUUUUCUUAGUGGAUACCCAGAAAUCUUUUAUAAUACAAUGUUCCUGAGCUUAAACAUAGCGUGCCAUUUUGAAAAGAAAUAAUUUUAGUUGCCUGACCGCUUUCUUCUCCUUUAAAAGUUAUUUCUAGUAUGCACUUCAUCUAUCAUAAAGUACUUUAAUCGAAAUAGCUUAAUGCAGAAACUUACCAGUAUUUCUACUUACUGAACUCUCAUUUGGCUUGAUUUUCACUCUAUAAUUGUUUGAAGAGAGGAGAUCCUCGGGUUUUAUUCAGAGUCCCACAAGAGUGUACUAUCAUUUUAGACUCACUUAAAAAAAAAUAUUAGUAUGAGGGAAUAAAAAGUCUUGCCUAGGCUGUAGAGUAUUAUCCUCGAAGCAGUUAUAACUUUAUUAAAUGUGAAACAAGAAAUAAGAGUCAUUCAGAUGUGAAGCUUUUUUCUAGUAGAAAAUGUAAAAUGUCUUAUGAAGUGUGGAUAGGUAGAAAAAUCAUUACACCUUGGUAGUUAGCUUUAUAUACUUAGUGUGGCUCCAUUGUCAGUAAAGCAAGUGGUUUACUCUUUGGUCCUCAUUUGAAAUGUGAGUGUAUUCUAAUUAGUCAGUACUUGACAGGUCUAAACUCCAGAAAAUAUUCAGCUCCUGCCAUAUAUUCAUAAAAUUCAUAAGUGUGUUAUAAAUAAUGAAUAAAGGUAUGCUGAAUGAAGUUUUUAGUAUAUACGGAAGUGUAUACACUAGAGAAAAUUCAAAUUUCAAACUGUCAUGUAAUCCUGAGCAAGUUAUAGGAAAUAAAUUGUGUUUCGUAAUGAAAGUCAUCCUAAUCAUCCUGCCUAAACUUAUGUUAACAAAAAUUAUUUACUAUAGUGAUUAAUGCUUAUAUACAGAAAUAUAUUAAAUAUGCUGUUGUAUAGUAGGACAUGGUUUCAAUAUUAUUGUUUAUUAGUAAUAAGGAAAAAUAAGUAACCUUCAGUCAUUAAAUUAUAAUAGUUAUAGACUCCUUGAUGGUUAUGAAUUCAAAGUAAAAGAGACUAAUAAAUCCAAAUAUGUUGUAUCAUUUCAGUUAGGCUGGAUUGUAUUACUUCAGGAAAAGAACUAUUAAUGAUUCUUUAUGGAGCCUUGGUGUUUUAGUGAUUAGGUAUUGGGCUGUGAUCCACUUAGUCAGCAGGCAGUUCAAAACCACCAGCAGCUCCGUGGGAGAAAGAUGGCUUUCUACUCCAGUAAACAGUUACAGACUUGGGAAAUCAAAGGGGGUUGCUGUGAUCAGCAUUAACUUGAUGGCAGGGAGUGAAUUUUUAAUUAUCCUUUAGUUAAAAUACUUAUAUUUAAGUCUUGACAAGGUAAAUAUUUCCAAUCCACUUCAAUUUGUAGAGGUGAGAAAAUUACAAGAAAAUAGGAAUACAUUGAGGCAAUACUUAAUAAGCAUAUCCACAAAUCUAACAUAACAUCUUGAAGUUUUGUGAACGCCAUGAUGUUUUUAUCUUGUGCUUUUUCAAAACAAGCUUUUGCUGAAUUUAGUUUCACUUAGCCCAUCACUAUCAGACCAAAAGAAAGCGUAUCAUUUUUCCGGAGAGAGAAAAUGUCAACAUUGUAUUGGUUUGUCACCUUGACUGAAACUUUAAGUUGACUCACUUUCAUCAAGCCACAUACGUCUGUGUUUGGCAUACACAGGAUACGGGCUGGAAGGAUAAACACAAUAAGACUUUCACUUUCAUUAAGCCACAUACGUAUGUGUUUGGCAUACACAGGAUACGGGCUGGAAGGAUAAACACAGUAGCAAUAAGACUUUCACUUUUGAAAUCCUGCAAUGGGCUAGACCUUAAUUAUAUUGGCUGGUUUACAAAUAGUUCGCGACCCUACUUCUAUUCCUAAGAUGUAAAUGUUGACAUCUAUGUGACUGUUGAGGAAACUAAGUAGCAUGUAUAUCAGGUAACUUCCCCCAAGUUCACAUAUUCCAUAAAUCGCACUAGCAUGCACGUCUGUGAGUUUUUGACUGCUAAUCUUUACUCUGAAAGCUUUUCAUCAAGAGAAGUAGAAUGAUGGAUAGGUGCUUUGGCCAAACCAUGCCGUGUAUUGUUUUGUAUUGACUGCAAUCAUUUUUAGAAAUUCUAGACACUUCAAAGCCACAUGGGAAAGAUGAGUGUUUAUAGUUGUUUUGCAAGAAAAAUAUUAUUUAACAAGAGAUUCUGUGACUUGAAAAAUGCUCAUGAUAUCUGAAAAGAAUUUGGAAGAAGGACUGGAUAUAUUCUGUAUUGCCUGGAGUUAGAUUAAGGAAGGACCAACAGUUAGAUUUCAAUUAGUUCUAGUUCUUUAAUCUGUAGAGGAAUGGCCCCAAAGAGGUUUUUAUAAUAGGAAAGCCAGAAGAGAUUCAGAUAACCAUUAGGUAGUUGGGGUAAAAGGAUUUUUAUGAUGCUUCUCAUUCUGUGAUUUUUAAGUUUAUAAGUUUGUCACAAUUUCUUUUCAUUGAUUGAUAGUCAAGAUGAAACAUUGCAGUCAUUUGUAUGCUGUUUGAUAUAUUUUAAAUUUCUGAACAUAAAUUACUCAAUUCUAUUAUCCUGAGGAAACAUUUAAGAUGCAGAAUUUAGUAAAGUAGUAUUUUUGAUACAAUGUUUUUGAGUACUGCUAAUAAAGCAUUUAAUUUGUUUUAUAUGAUUUUUCUCUCUCUUACAUAAGAGAAAUGGAGCCACAGUGGCAUAGUGGUUAAACACUUGGCUGCUAACUGCAAGGUCAGCGGUUCAAAUCAACCAGGCACUCUUCAGGAGAGAUUUGGCAGCCAGCUUACAGCCCUGAGAUUGUAGGGGUAGUUCUAGCCUGCUCUAGAGAGUAACUUUGAUUUGGAAUUGACAGCAAUGGGUGUAUUUUAUUUUAUAUAUAUUAAAGAAAAUAUUUAUUUGAAAAGAUUAUUCCUGCUACCAACAGUAAAUACGAUUUUUCCCAUAUUGAGAUCGUUACCUAACACUGUCUUUAAUACAAAUUGGAAGGGAGUCAGAAUAUAUUCUGACAACAAAUAUACAUACAUGGUUGCUGUGAAUCAGAAUCAACUACGUGUGUGUGUGUGUGUGUUAUGUGGUCACUGAUUUGGAAUCCACGCAAUGGCAGUGAGUUUGUUUUUUAUUUGGGUCUUAUUUAAUAGUUCACUUAAGUGCACAGAAUACUCAGCCUUUUCGGUGAUGUAAAAGCACGUACAGCAAUCAACGGUGAGUUUGAUGAGGAAUUUGUUGUGAAUUAGGGGCUGAGUCAAUUGUUUGAACGUGAGGACAAAUUUACAUACUUUUAAAUGGCACAAAUUGGAGUUAUCUUUAAAUUGGAUGCUUGCAUAGCCAGGGAUCGGUUGGAUAAAUAAGGUAAAUCAGUAGAUGCUUUGUCCACUAGGUGGUGAUAUUGUGUUACAUUUCUAAGUGUUCUUGAAUUUUUUUUUUUAUUGGCAUUAAACUUUAUUUGCAUAGUUUUAUGUUGUGGUUUGAACCAAAAAGUAAUUUAUAGUUGAUCUCGUCUGUUAAAAUGUUAUUCAAAAUGUUUCCUGAAUUUUAUGACCCUGAGGUAAAUGUUAAAGAAAAAGAAUUGUGUUUGUGUUGUCUGUGACCUUGUUCAUAUAAUAUAGUUCAAAUUAAUCUUCUCCCACACACAGUGAGUGAUGACCGGGACAACUUGAAGACUCAGAGCAUUGUACUGGGCACUGUUUUAAGUGCUUCAAGCAUGCUUUUUUGCUCAUUAACAACCUUCGAGCCUGGUCCCAGCAGGGCUGAGGGGAAGAUCAAUAAGCUUGAGCAUUUUAGGAAAAGAAAUCAGGAAGAAUACAAUUAUACUUCCUAUUUUCCUAAAUCAGGAAAAAGACCUGAGUCGAUUUGUUACCUUCCAGAGGCAGAGGAUCAUCUACCUACAACUCUAUCUUCCAUUCCUGUUUUUGUCGAAGUACCUGAACAUGAUACAUGUGUGUAAGCACAACUCAGACCUGGAGUCUUCAACUGUAUUAAUUCACACGGAAGUAAACAGCAUUGCUUUCAUUAGAGUGACUUCAGCCACCACGUAUGGUUAUCUGAAAAUCAGUAUGUAGUUUUUCAAAGAGGAUUCUGUUUGAAAGCAAUCUCCGUAAACAUUUUGUAAUGUUUUGUGUGUAUUUUUUCCUUUUAAUGUUGGCUGCAAGAGCCUUUUAUAUGCUCUGCAAAGUUUUAUAUGUUGUUAGGCUGUUUGUUACUCUAAAAUGGAGAUGUUCAGUUGACUUUUUAAAUUGUAUUGUGGGCUCAUGCCAUUUCAAAUUUGGGAAUAGACAUUCUUUGUAAGAAUGAAGGCUGACUUCCCCCUUUAAAAAAGUUUAUUUAAGUACAUUUUUUGUUUGUAAAUAAAUUCAUGUUUUAUAAUA